AUGGGCAAUGGCCUCUGCGCUUCGCAAGUUGAUGUGGUCGACUGGCAGCCCGUUCAUGACAGCUUCUUCCCCAUGUACGUCGUCAAGGUGUCCGACUUCUUGGACAUGGAUGGUGUGCCCGAGCCGCAUAGUGUGCUUCUGUCAAAAGGCCUUCUGCACCAGUGGCAUCCUGGCAUGUUCGUCCUUUUUGUCUCGCACCAAUGGCUUGGUGCCACACAUCCCGACCCGCAAGGGCAGCAGGUUGCUAUUCUGCGACACGCGCUGCAUGGCAUGAUCUCUGGAUCUCUGCAAGUGGAGGAAGACCUCAUCUCAAUGCCAAUGGGGAAGGUGCUCACGCCGCAGCAUCGCAAGCAGAUCGCAUCUGGAUAUUUGUUUCUGGAUUGGUUUGCUAUCCCACAAAUCACAGCCAGGCAAGCCGGUAUCAAUGAACAGACGACAAAAACAGAUGCCGCACUUGCUGUGAAGAGUAUACCUUCCUAUGUGGAGGUCUCAAAUCUCUUUGUGGCCUUGGUGCCAGAGCUGAUUCACAAAGACACGAAGAUACUGUGCAACUAUACCUCCUGGCUCUCCAGGGGGUGGUGUCGGGCAGAAUGGUGGUGCCACCUACUGUCCAACAAGCCGGAUACCAGCGUGAUCGUUGUUUAUUCUCCACGGGAGGCAGAAUUCAUGUUCCCGCUGAAUUGGCAGCAGCACAUCGUUGCGGAAGGAAACUUCACAGUUGAAAGUGACCGUGAGACGGUGGUGAAGCUUGGGGAGGUUGCUCUGGACAGCAAAAUCAACCACCUGUCGAAUGCAGGGCCCAUGAGCUUGUAUCGAUACUAUUUGGCGCAUCGACCAAAGUUGUUGGGCCAACAGAAGCAAACGUUUGACGUGGACGACCUCCUGCAAUUGUUUCGCUAUGAAAGUCUACAGGAUGCGGUUAACGACGACAGCAAUGUGAACGCACUUUUAUGUGCCAUCUUCGCAGGGGAUGUUGGAAUGGUAAAGCUGCUAGUGGAGAACAAGGCAGACGUGAACCGUAGACUGUCAGGCCUGAAUUCGCUGGGCUAUUCCGACAGUCAGACAUUGCUUAUGGCAGCCAUCAAAUCUCGCCAGGAGCCGGAGAUGUUAAGAGCUCUGAUUGAGCUUCGCGCCGACGUGCAUGCCAUCACACGGGUUGGCCUGGGUUGCUCAUACUUGGUGAGAACUCCAGGGCAGCUUGAGGUGCUGAUUGAAGCCAGCGCUGAUUUGCAUACUUCUAAUUUGCCCAUGGGUUUGAGCCCGCUGUGUGGGGCUGCAGUCUGGUCUUGCCCGCAGACGGUUGCUGCGAUGCUGCGCGCUCGGUGUGACCCUAAUCCUCACCCAACUGGAGCAGGCUACUUCCCACUUCAUGCUGUCGCACUGCUAUCGCGUGGCCGGGCAUGUGCUGCGGAUGUUGCUCGCGUACUCCUGGAGGGUCGCGCGGAUCCCAACGGCAAAGCAAUGCCAGAAAACAAGUUUUUGUUUGCAGCUCGACUGGCCGGAGUAUACUCGAAGAUUUGCGGUUUCGCCUCUUGCUCAAUUGCCACAAAGACUUUGGCAAGCUUACCAGGCCUGACCCCGCUUGGCGCCGCUGCAUUGGUUGGGGAUGAAGCGCUGUCGAAGGUAUACCUGGAGUAUGGUGCAGACAAUGUGGCUAAUGAAAGGGGCGACUUGCCAGAAGAUCUGGCUUUCGCCAAUGCGCAUGAGCACCUACUGCCCAUGCUGUCAACGUUUGCUGUCUAG